AUGGCCGCGAAGUCGGAUGGAGGCGCCGCCGCGGCCGGCCCGGGCCCGGAGGGGGCGGUCGGCGGGGCCCGGGCCGGCUCGGGGCCUCCGGGGGCUCUGGGGACCGGGGCUGGGGCUGGGGCGGGGCUGCUCUCGGUGGGAGGAAGGCGGCCCCGCUACAGCCUGUGGGACUGCUGCUGGUCGCUGUGCGCGCUGCUAGUCUUCUUCUCCGACGGGGCCACCGACCUGUGGCUGGCGGCUGACUAUUACCUCCGGGGCCAGCACAUCUGGUUCGGCCUCACGCUGCUUUUCGCGUUGCUGCCCUCCCUCGUGGUGCAGCUGCUCAGCUUCCGAUGGUUCGUCUAUGACUACUCAUCUGCCGGAGCUGGGCCAGGUGCAGCUGCUACCGCCUUCAGCACCAAGGACAGCACCAGCGCUAGCGUCAGCGCCAGCGCCGCCUUCAGCACGAAGGACAGCGGUCCCGGCCCAGGUCCCGCGGUGCCCGCCCCUCCCGCGCUAUCUGGCGCCCGGCGUCCCCACCAACGUUGCUGCCGCCUCUGCGUCUGGCUUCUGCAGUCGCUAGUUCAUGUCCUGCAGCUCGGUCAGGUCUGGAGGUACCUCCGGGCCAUGUACCUGGGUCUGCAGAGCCGCUGGCAUGGGGAGCAACUGAGGCGCCACUUUUACUGGCGCAUGAUGUUCGAGAGCGCUGACAUCAGUAUGCUGCGCCUGCUGGAGGCCUUCCUGAAGAGCGCCCCACAACUUGUGCUACAGCUCAGCAUCAUGGUCCUCCAGGAACACCUCCCACCUCUGGCCCCUGUCUCCACAGGUCUCUCAGCCUCGGCCUCACUGGUGUCGCUGGCCUGGAUAAUCGCUUCUUAUCAGAAGGUGCUUCGGGACUCGAGGGACGACAAGCGUGCCAUGUCCUACAAGGGGGCUAUAGUCCAGAUCCUCUGGCACCUCUUCACCAUAGCGGCUCGAGCCAUGGCCUUCGCGCUCUUUGCCAGCGUCUACCGGCUGUACUUUGGCAUCUUCAUUGUGGCCCACUGGUGUGUCAUGACCUUCUGGGUCAUCCAGGGGGAGACAGACUUCUGCAUGUCCAAAUGGGAAGAGAUCAUCUACAACAUGGUGGUGGGCAUCAUCUACAUCUUUUGCUGGUUCAACGUCAAGGAGGGACGCAGCCGCUCCCGGAUGGCCAUCUACUACUGUAUUGUCCUGGUGGAGAAUGCAGCCCUGACUGGCUUCUGGUACCACAACCACAACUUUCCCACUGACUUCAGCGCCUUAAUCAUGGUGUGCGUGGUGGCUGCUAGCUUUGCCCUGGGCAUCUUUUUCAUGCUUGUCUAUUACUGCCUCCUGCACCCUAAUGGGCCCAUGUUUGGUCCCCAGGCUCCCGGGGGCAUCUUUACUGAGGCUGUGAGUGCUGGCCCUUCUGGUCCCUCUGCUGAUGCAGUUACCAGCCCCCCACGGUCUCUGCCCCGGACUACAGGUGGAGAGCGAGAUGGGGUCCCUGGAGACCGAGACAGUGGUGCACCGGCUGUGUUCCAGGUCCGGCCCAGCCUCCCAGCCACACCUGUGGCCCGUACUCCUCGGACAGAGGGGCCUGUGAUCCGAAUAGAUCUGCCCCGAAAAAAGUAUCCAGCAUGGGAUGCCCACUUUAUAGACCGCCGGCUCCGUAAGACCAUUCUGGCACUCGAGUAUUCAUCCCCAGCUACCCCUCGCUUGCAAUACCGAAGCAUGGCGGCCUCCCGGGAGCUACUGGAAUAUGAGACCACAGUGUAG